AUGAGCAGAACCAAUAAACCUCAGCAGAAGCCUGUGCAGCAGACUAAUCCUUCUCCUGUAACUCAACCUACUGAUACUUACAUUCAGCCCUUUCUUAAGGAGCUGGUGCCAGAGCUUUCAAGUUUGGAAAGGCUGAAGGACGCUGAACGUCGAAUGGAUGUAUACAUCAGCAGGAAGAAGAUAGAUUUACAUCAGUCAAUCACUCAGUGGACGUACCAAAAACAUCGGGACUAUUCUGAGACGCAAUAUCUGCGGGUUUUUAUAUCGUCCAUUGCCGAAAACCAGCCUUGGCAAACAAAUUCUGAUGACUUGGCGCAGGGUACUUGGACAUUGCGCAUUGAAGGCAGAUUGGUUGAUGAUGAAGAUGUGAGGUCACCUAUGAGACCUAAAUUCAGCAGUUUCAUACAGAGUUUUGCUUUGGAUUUUCAUGCCAAGGAUGAUAAUGUUGAUAAAGACAAGAAUCAAGAUGCUGAUCAUCCUAUGGAUGGGUCUGAUAAUGCUACAGGUCAGGUUCCUCGACAACUAUCUAUGCCGACGAAAAAUUAUGAUAUUGUUGAAUGGCAUGCGGACCCUAAUGCUCCCGUCGAAUUUGAUGGACUUGAUAUCAAGCGUAAUGGGACUGAAAACGUUGACUGUACCAUCACAAUUCAGCCAAUGGGUUACACUGGUGAUCAACUGCAAUAUUCAGAGUCGUUGGCCUUUAUCAUUGGUAUCUCUAGAGGUACUGUACACGAGGCUAUUUAUUCGUUGUACAAAUAUAUUUUGCUUAAUGACCUACUGAUUCCCGAUGAAAACAGCAACUCGAAAAGUAAUCAAAAUGAUGAUAAAAUGGUUGUGAAGGUUGACUCUAUGAUGUCCAAGUUACUUCCAAUGACUACAGGUGAACCUAAGAAAUAUUUAAAGCUCAUGGAGUUACCGCAACUCCUGAACAACCAUAUCAAGCCGAUCCCUCCUAUAAAAUUGGACUACACCAUUCAAGUUGACAAGACUUCGACUUACGGAGAAUUAGUAUUUGAUAUAGAGGUGCCCAAACAACACCACAAAGAUUCUUCUGAAUCCGUUGGAUCUCAAAAUAACUUAGCCCAACAAGGUAUGUUAUUAUUGACAGAAUUUAAUACAAUAACUAGUCAGCUAGAGCCUCAACUUGCAAGCUUAGAAAAGAAAUCACAGCUAUUAUCACUCCAGAUAAACUCAAGCGCAAACAAAUACCAAUUCUUCAACAAGCUUGCUCAGGACCCUGUUCCAAUGUUAAAAGAUUAUAUGAAAUCUACUGCAAACGCUUUGAAAGUCUUGAGCGGAGAUGAUGGUUUCGAUGAGGAUACAGUAAGAAGGUCUACUUUUUACCAAGAAAACGAAGCUGUGUUAUUUGAAAAUCUAGGUGUACUACUUUCUAAUGGUAGGAUGUAG